GAGGAGAUGAGAGGGGAGGCUUGCUGAGGCCCCUGGGUUUGUUGGCGGAAACGCUGUCCGGCCGAAUUCUGUAGCGGUCGGGAUUCCUCCCGGGUCGGGAUUCUACGGCGCGAGGCGAGAUGCUCAAGUCCAAAACGUUCUUGAAAAAGACCCGCGCGGGCGGCGUGGUGAAGAUCGUGCGCGAGCACUACCUGCGGGACGACAUCGGCUGCGGGGCGCCGGCUUGCUCGGCCUGCGGCGGGGCGCACGCGGGCCCGGCCCUGGAACCGCGGCCCUGCGACCCGGAGAGCAGCCUCUGCCCGCGGCCGCACUAUCUGCUGCCCGACACCAACGUGCUGCUGCACCAGAUUGAUGUUCUCGAGGACCCUGCCAUCAGGAAUGUGAUUGUGCUACAGACAGUCCUGCAGGAAGUGAGAAACCGGAGUGCCCCCAUAUAUAAGCGAAUCAGGGAUGUGACUAAUAACCUGGAGAAGCACUUCUAUACGUUCACUAACGAGCACCAUAAAGAAACCUACAUAGAACAAGAACAGGGAGAAAGUGCCAAUGACAGAAAUGACAGAGCUAUUCGAGUGGCAGCAAAAUGGUACAAUGACCAUUUGAAGAAAAUAUCAGCAGAAAAUCAGCUACAAGUUAUCCUCAUAACAAAUGACAAGAAAAACAAAGAAAAAGCGGUAGAAGAAGGAAUACCAGCUUUCACAUGUGAAGAAUAUGUAAAGAGCCUGACUGCUAACCCUGAACUUGUAGAUCGUCUUGCUUGUUUGUCGGAAGAAAUGAAUGAAAUAGAAAGUGGAAAAAUAAUAUUUUCAGAGCACCUUCCCUUAAGCAAGCUCCAACAAGGCAUAAAAUCUGGUUCAUACCUUCAAGGAACAUUCAGAGCUAGCAGGGAAAAUUACUUAGAAGCCACAGUGUGGAUUCAUGGAGACAACGAAGAUGAAAAAGAGGUACUUCUACAAGGACUUAAACAUCUAAACAGAGCUAUUCAUGAAGACAUUGUGGCUGUAGAGCUUCUGCCCAGGAGUCAGUGGGUGGCACCAUCCUCUGUGGUUUUACAUGAUGAAGGUCAAAAUGAAGAUGAUGUGGAGAAAGACGAGGAGAGAGAACUCAUGCUUAAGACUGCUGUAAGUGAAAAAAUGUUAAGGCCUACAGGUAGAGUUGUAGGAAUAAUAAAAAGGAAUUGGAGACCAUAUUGUGGCAUGCUUUCCAAGUCUGAUAUUAAGGAGUCAAGAAGACAUCUCUUUACACCUGCUGAUAAGAGAAUUCCACGAAUUCGGAUAGAAACCAGACAGGCUUCUGCAUUAGAAGGACGGAGAAUUAUUGUCGCUAUUGAUGGUUGGCCCAGAAAUUCCAGAUACCCAAAUGGACACUUUGUAAGAAACUUAGGCGAUGUUGGAGAGAAAGAGACAGAAACAGAAGUUUUGCUGCUGGAGCAUGAUGUCCCUCAUCAGCCUUUUUCCCAGGCUGUUCUUAGUUUCCUGCCUAAGAUGCCCUGGAGCAUUACUGAGAAGGACAUGAAAAACCGAGAAGACCUGAGACAUCUGUGUGUUUGCAGUGUGGACCCUCCAGGAUGUACUGAUAUAGAUGAUGCCCUGCACUGUAGAGAGCUCAGUAAUGGAAAUUUAGAGGUCGGUGUUCAUAUUGCUGAUGUUAGCCAUUUUAUCAGGCCAGGAAAUGCACUGGAUCAAGAAUCAGCGAGAAGAGGAACAACUGUUUAUCUCUGUGAAAAGAGGAUUGACAUGGUUCCAGAGUUGCUUAGCUCUAACUUAUGUUCCUUGAGAUCCAACGUUGACAGGUUGGCAUUUUCCUGUAUUUGGGAAAUGAAUCAUAAUGCUGAAAUCUUAAAAACAAGAUUUACCAAAAGUGUCAUUAAUUCAAAGGCUUCUCUUACAUAUGCCGAAGCACAGAUGAGGAUUGAUUCAACAGCCAUGAAGGAUGAUAUUACAACUAGUCUCCGUGGACUAAACAAACUAGCUAAAAUUCUUAAGAAAGGAAGGAUUGAGAAGGGGGCUUUGACUCUUUCUUCUCCAGAAGUACGAUUCCACAUGGACAGUGAAACUCAUGACCCAAUCGACCUGCAGACCAAGGAGCUGAGAGAAACAAAUUCCAUGGUGGAAGAAUUUAUGUUACUUGCAAAUAUUUCUGUGGCAAAAAAAAUUCAUGAAGAAUUUUCUGAGCAUGCUCUGCUUCGAAAACAUCCAGCCCCACCUCCCUCCAAUUAUGAAAUUCUUGUUAAGGCAGCUAAGUCCAAGAAUUUGGAAAUUAAGACUGAUACAGCCAAGUCUUUGGCUGACUCUUUGGACCGUGCUGAAUGCCCUGAUUUCCCAUACCUGAACACUCUAUUAAGGAUAUUGGCCACUCGCUGUAUGAUGCAAGCUGUCUACUUCUGUUCUGGGAUGGAAAAUGACUUUCAUCAUUAUGGCUUAGCCUCUCCAAUAUACACACAUUUCACUUCUCCCAUCAGAAGAUAUGCAGACAUAAUUGUUCAUCGGCUGUUGGCUGUGGCUAUUGGGGCUGAUUGUACUUAUCCAGAGUUAACAGACAAACACAAGCUUUCAGAUAUAUGUAAAAAUCUUAAUUUCCGGCAUAAAAUGGCUCAGUAUGCUCAGCGUGCAUCAGUAGCUUUUCAUACCCAGUUGUUUUUCAAAAGCAAGGGAAUAAUAAGCGAAGAAGCCUAUAUUCUCUUUGUACGAAAAAAUGCAAUUGUGGUGUUAAUUCCAAAGUAUGGCUUAGAAGGUACAGUUUUUUUUGAAGAAAAAGAUAAGCCGAAGCCACGGCUUACUUUUGAUGAUGAGGUACCAUCACUGAGAAUAGAAGGUACAGUGUUCCAUGUGUUUGAUAAAGUUAAAGUGAAAAUCACAUUGGAUUCAUCAAAUCUUCAACAUCAGAAAAUCCGCAUGGCUCUUGUAGAACCACAGAUACCGGGAAUAAAUAUUCCUCCUGAUGUAUCAGACAUGGAUCUUAACGGACCAGGGGAAAAGAGGAGGAGACUUGAGAAGUAGCUACAUUCAACGGAAAACUUGAAAGACUGGUCACCGUAGAAAGCAGCAACAAAACUGAAAGCAUACUUAUAAGCUCAUGUGUGUGAUAGCUACUUUUAAAUACAUUUCAAUAAUUUUAAGAAAUUUGCAUUUUUAUUGAGUUGCUGACUGAAUCUGCAACAAGAAAAAUUAUGCAGAAAAAUUCAUUUGAAUACCCAUCACUUAAAUGGUGACAAUAGCAACUUCAGGGAUCUGUGAUGAUCAUUUAAAUGGAAUAUUCAUCUGCUCAUUGAAGAGCAGAUUAAUUUUAUAUAAGUACUUUAAUAUAGAAAAAAACUGUCAAUUUCUGAGGAAAAUAACAUUUUAGAAACAAAGAACAAGCCUUUCUAAAUCUUGAGCUGUCAGUGUUUGGCAUUUAAUCUUUAUGCCUUUUUAAUUUGCCUACUUACAACACUGUUGAUAUUUUCUGAAAAGCCUCCUGUAUUUUACUAGUGGUACUCAAACAGUAGUCAAUGUUUCAAGAUGACAGGAAGACAAAAACUGUCGGACCUUGACCUGAUUGUGAUUUUUGUUGUUAAGUUCAGACAUACACAUCGCUAAUCUUUAUUGCCCGUGUUUCUCCCAAAGAAGGCAUCACAGCCCAAAGAAAGGUCUGCUUCUUUACAAAACAGAUAAUGGCUAGUAAAUUGUAAUUAUAUCCAAUUUUACAGCAGAGGAGGGAUUGUAGUAAAAACAUGAAAAGGAACAAAUGAAGUCUCUUUUGGUGUGCCAGGUUGACUACUUGUCUUACAAAAUUCAGAUUAAUGAUUGCAUGGAUGUAUUUAGGAAUAUUUUAACAUUAAACUUUGAUUAUUCAGUUUCUACUACUUGUAUAUAGUAGAAAUGAGCUGACAAAUCCCCAGGUAUAUGUGGCUGUAGCUACAGGUUUUACAAACACACAGGCAUUCAGUAUUGUUGAUAUUUCCAGUUUCCUGUUACUGUAAAAAACAUCCAAACGUUAAGGUAGAACUUAAUAUAUCUGAAGGAGGACAGUCUUAAGUAGUGUUUGGUCCAAAUAAAAUGAAUCAGUGACUAAUAGCAGAGUAGGAGGCAGCAAACCUUGUUGAUAAGGCCACAGCAUUUCAGCCUGUUGGCUGAACUCUGCACAACUCUGGCACAGCUCUGCUGCAAGUAUAGUUUAUAAGCAGCCAGACAAUAUGUGAACAUGCAUUGUUAUGUUCUUGGGGAAAGAAAUCAUUUACCCAAGGAAACAAGCUUCAGUUCUGUGCAUAACAGAUACUACUCUUCAGCUUUACCUGCCAACCACUCCAAGGUUUUUUUGCUCUUGAGUUGGGCAGGUAGUUUAGUGAUCUAAUUAUUGCUUACUAUGUACAAGGCCUCAGAUUUGAUCUAUUGCAAAACUCAAGACAACUGUUUGCCACAUGCUAGAAAGACGAUUCAGGUUAAGAGCAAGUACUGGCUACUACUCUUCCAGAGGACCUGGGUUUGAUUCUCAGCACCAACGUGAUGGCUCUUAGUCAUCUAUAACUCCAGUUCCAGGGGAUCCAAUUCCACUUCUGGCCUUCAGCACUCAAUAGUACAGGGACAUAUAUGAAUACAGGCAAGAGUAAGAUUUUAAAUGUUAAAAACUACUUGCCUCAUAUAGGUUCUAGGGAUGCAGAACCUUGCAUUACAGUAAGCACUUUAUCCACAGAGAGGCAUUUCCCAGCUCCUAUGUCUGCAUUCAUUCUAGUUAUCCAGAGUGCUAUUCCUAUUUAACAGAAAAAGUGCAGACCAAGUAAUGACAAAAGUUAUUUGAGUCGAGGUUGUAGUUACUACUUUAAAAAACUGGAAGCCGUGGAGGCUGCACCUCUGAGACUCAAAACCCAAGAAUAAUAAAUUUACAAUAUAUAUAGAUAAACAUAUUAAAUUGGCCAGUCAACUUCCUGUAUGUUUGUGGAGCAGGUGAGGGCACAGCAGUGUGUUUGUGUGUGUGUGUGGGAGGGGCGCUAGCAAUAACCAUACUAAAGAUGGAGUACGGUACAUAACAAAGAUGAAAAUAACAUAAUGAUAAGUGAAUGUUGUAUUUUCUAGACCUAAUAAUGAAUCAUUGAGUAUCAGUUUUUAAGGGAAAAGUAAAUACAAAAAUAGUCUUUGAUACUUUCAAAUACAUUAUAUCUUUUUUCUAAUACAGAUUUUUAAACUGUA